UCUUUUUCUCCAUUUGCAGUGUCACUCUUAUGUGAAAUCAUGGAAAAUGGGAGCUCUACCUCUUAUUUCAUUCUCCUAGGCCUCUUUAACCACACCACAGCCCACCAAGUCCUCUUCAUGAUGCUUCUGGCCAUUGUUUUGACCUCCCUGUUUGGCAAUGCCCUCAUGAUUCUCCUGAUUCACCGGGACCGCCGGCUCCACACGCCCAUGUACUUCCUCCUGAGCCAACUCUCCCUCAUGGACAUGAUGCUGGUUUCCACCACUGUGCCCAAAAUGGCGGCUGACUACCUGACCGGAAAUAAGGCCAUCUCCCGCGCUGGCUGCGGUGCGCAGAUCUUCUUCCUCCCCACGCUGGGGGGUGGAGAGUGCUUCCUCUUAGCAGCCAUGGCCUAUGACCGCUGCGCGGCUGUCUGCCACCCACUGCGACAUCCCAUGCUCAUGAGCUGGCAGCUGUGCCUGAGGAUGACCAUGUCGUGUUGGCUCCUGGGUGCAGCUGACGGGCUCCUGCAGGCUGCUGCUUCCCUGAGCUUCCCGUAUUGCGGGGCGCACGAGAUCGAUCAUUUCUUCUGCGAGGCCCCCGUGCUGGUGCGUUUGGCUUGUGCCGACACUUCAGUCUUCGAAAACGCCAUGUACAUCUGCUGUGUGUUAAUGCUCCUGGUGCCCUUGUCCCUCAUCCUGUCCUCCUAUGGUCUCAUCCUCGCCGCUGUUCUCCACAUGCGCUCUACAGAAGCCCGCAAGAAGGCCUUUGCCACCUGCUCUUCACAUGUGGCUGUGGUGGGACUCUUUUAUGGAGCUGCCAUUUUUACCUACAUGAGACCCAAAUCUCAUAGGUCCACUAACCACGAUAAGGUUGUGUCAGCCUUCUACACUGUGUUCACCCCUUUGCUAAACCCCCUCAUCUACAGUGUGAGGAACAGUGAGGUCAAGGGAGCCCUGACAAGGUGUAUGGGUCGGUGUGUGGACUUAAGUCAUGAAUAAGAGUAUAUAUAUUUGCUCCAACAUUCUAAACUGUGCAAAGUGUUUGUGUGGAAUUUCCUAGAGAUGAGGAAUAUACACUUUUAUAUCUACAUCUGUUGUGUGUGUCUCUCUCUGUCUCUCUGUGUGUUUGUGUGUGUGUGUGUAUGUGUUGCUUUGAAGUGCAGAUAAAUCUUCAUUCCUUGGGUUCAUUUACUCAGCUAUCAUUAUCCAAUCAAAUUGUGAAUUGUUAAAAAUCGGUGAAAUCACUAAUUUUUAGUAAGAUGGUUUUACAUCAUACCUCACAAAAAUAUUUUGUUCAAAGAAUGAAUUCACCAUUCAAACAGUUUUGAAGGUUAAUUGUUGCCAUUUGUUUCAAAUUGAGGUGUAGCUUACACACAGCAGAAUUCUCACAUUUAAGGUGUUCCUUUUCAACUGAUUUCCACAAAUAUCUACCCUGGUAAUUAUGCAUUAUCAAGAGAUACCAUUUUCACCACCUCUGAAAGGUCCUGCAGGCCUUUUUCCAGUGAUACCCCAGGCCUAAGAUACACCCACUGCUCUAAUUUUUAUCUCUGUUCAUUAGUUUGGGCUAUUCUAAAAUUUCAUAUCAAAGGAAACCAGUAGUAUUCCUUUGUCUUGAAUCUUGUUUCCUUCUUUCAGCUGAAUAUAUUUCUAAAAUCCCUCCACAUUUUUACCUCAUUGAUAUGUUGCUCUUCUUUUACUGCUAAGUAGUAUUUCGUUUUUGGAAAAUUUCAUCAUUUGUUUAUCCAUUAUUUUGCUGAUGGGCCUCUGGGCUAUUAUAAGUUUGAAGCUCUUAUGAUUGAAAUGUCUGUUAAUCUCCUAUUUGUAAUAAUAUGUUUUUAUUUUUCUUGGUAGGUGUCUGAUGAACUCUAGUAAACUGUUUUCAAAGUGAUUGUUUACUCUUAUACUGCCACUGAUAAUGCACACAAGUUCCAGUUGCUCCAAAUAUUGAUGUUUUCUUCAUUUUAGCAAUUCUUCUGAGUGUAGUAGGAACUGAGUUUGCUUAUAAUUUGCAUUUUCCUGAUGACUAAUAAUGAUGAGGCCUCUUGCAUUAGCUUAUUUUCUAUUGCCUAGUGAUAUAAACUGUCUAUUUCAGUUUUUGGAAAAAAAAAUCUGUAUAUGCUUCCAAAGCAAAAACAACUUGGUUAUUAAUUAAUAGGCAAUCUAUGGCAUUCAUAGGACUACUUGGAAUUUUGGAAAUAAAAUCAUAUAUUGGGUUAUUUGUUAUUAUAUUUCCUGACACGUGUUAUCAUUCAAUGCCUCAAGCUUUGCUAUUUUAUUAAACCAGGUAUUUAGUACAUCUCUUCCACCUCCUGCAUUCUGCUUAAAGCUAUAAAUCUGUUUGUUUUAAUUAUGAAUUGUAACAGAACAUUCCACUUCACUGGAGGAAUGAUGCCACUAAAAACACACAGAUUUUAUUAAUUUUACAUAUACAGGGACUUCUUCACAAGAGCAUGGAGUCUGAAGAAGUGGCCAAAGAGAGACAAUUUUAUAUUUUCCCAAGAAGAAAUGACAGGACAAAGGGGAUCGGCUAACAGCAAUACAUUUCUAAGUGAGUCAUUAGGAGGUAUAUGAAGGGGAGUAAAACUUGUAGAAGGAUUACUUAGGUAAGUGUAUUCAUUCUGAUCCAUUGCAGUGCAGAUCCCAGUGUCUGGUGUGAGGGCUAUUUUCUCAGCUGGUACAUGGAGGGUGUACCUGCCGAGGGAUCUCUAUGGCUUCGCGCAUGUAGGAAGAGAAUGAUCGGCUGGCCCUUUCUGAAACAACCACUGCUCCUAUGUUUUUAACUCAAAGUAAUCAGUAUUCCAAUUUGCUAUUUGGGGGAUGGCAUGUCUUUCACUCCUUUACUGGUAAAUGAUUAUAUAGAUACAGUAACUUUCA